AUGUCAACAGCACCAGAACUGGCGCCCAGCAAUGUCUACAACCCGGACGUGUCCUCUGCUGAGCCGACCUCCGAUGACGCCACUUGGAUACUGACCUCAGCCUUCGUCAUAUUCACAAUGCAGACCGGCUUCGGGCUCCUGGAGUCGGGCGCCUGUGCUAAGAAGAAUGAGGUGAAUAUACUGAUGAAGAAUGUGGCGGAUGUAGUGCUCGGAGGUCUCUUCUAUUGGGCCAUUGGAUACGGACUACAGUUUGGUGAUGACGAGGGCCAUACCGGUUGGUAUGGAGCGGGCUAUUGGUUUCUCGAUUCCGAUGACGACCACAUGGGCCCCAGUUUUGCAAGUUUUAUAUUCCAACUGUCCUUUUGCACGACCGCCACAACCAUAGUGUCCGGGUCUAUGGCCGAGAGGACCAAUUAUAACGCAUACAUACUGUUCUCACUCUUGAAUACAAUUGUCUAUUGUAUUCCCGCGGGUUGGAUAUGGAGGGACACGGGAUGGCUGUAUAAGAUGGGAUGCCUGGACUUUGCCGGAUCUGCUUGCGUUCACUUAAUCGGUCAGGCUACUCUGGAAGGAGGUGUGUCUGCAUUAGUGGCCGCAUAUAUGCUGAAACCCAGAGUGAAACGAUACGAGAAGGGGACGGACCCGUUGCCGAUGGGAAACCCGGUGAAUGCAGUGGUCGGCACAUUCGCCCUGUGGUGGGGUUGGCUCGGCUUCAACUGCGGCUCCACUUUUGGCGUCAGUCAUAACAAGUGGCAGUUCGCCGAAAGGGCGGCCGUCACUACACUCAACGGAUCGUUCGCCGGCGGACUCAUUGCUCUUAUUUAUUGCUUCAUUACUAACGGGAGGGCCGAAGUCAGUCCUAUCCUCAAUGGCAUACUCGCCGGACUGGUAGCCGUGACGAGUGGCGCCGGAUUUUUCCAGCCUUUUGACUCAUUCAUAAUCGGAUCCCUGGGCUGUAUAGCCAACACAUUGAUCGCUCCCUUUUUGGAUAGUCUCCGAAUCGACGACCCGGUGGGCGCUGUGGCCGUUCACGCGGGCGGAGGAAUAGUGGGUGCUCUAUGUGUGGGACUGUUCACCGUUGGCGAGCCCUAUAUUUCACCCAACGGUGGUCUAACUCGCGGACAGUCAGGUCUGUUCAAAGGGGGCGGCUUUCACUUGUUUGGCGUCCAGUGUCUGGCAGUGAUAAGCGUGAGUCUGUGGAGUGGGAUCACCACAUGGAUGCUGUUGGCCACCAUCGAUAAAGUCAUUCCCAUCCGAAUGUGUAUUGAGGAGGAGAUAUUGGGCGCCGACCUCUGGAUCCACAACAUUAGGCACGAGUACUACGACUUCGAUGCCAUCAUCGCUGAGAUGAGACGGGAGGGCAUGGAUUUGGAGGAACACAUCCAACCACAUAAAGCCCAGAAGACAUCCCUUGACUUUAAUCUGUUUAUUAUCGACAAGUUUUUGACGAAACGUCGCGGAAAUCAUUGGAUCAAAAAAUUGGUUCAUAAGGACUCUAUCGAUAACUUUGGCAAA